GGCCCUGCUGUUGUCUCUAUCCGCACACUCUGACCUGCUUUGGGAUGUGCACUCCACACACUGACAACAUGCUGGUGAAAAUCUGCAUCCUCAUCACUGCUCUCUCAUGUGUGAAUGGUGUGACAGUGGUCACCCAGAAGCCUCCUGUUCUGACAGUGAGCAAAGGAGGGACAGUGACUAUGGACUGUAACCUUGGGACAGUCACUGACAGUGCUGCUCGCUGGUAUAAGCAGGUCCCAGGUGGAGUUCCCCAGUAUGUGUUGAGGUUUUACCAUAAAUCUAGCUCCCCCAGCUAUGGGACAGGCUUCUCCUCCAGCCGCUUCACAUCAAACCAUCAGAGUAAAUCAGAUUAUCGGUUGAUCAUCAACACAGUGGAGGUUGGAGACUCAGCAGUUUAUUACUGUCACACAUGGGACAGCUCUGCUAAGGAAGAGGUAUUCGGACAAGGCACUAAACUGAUCGUCAGCGACCCCUCCCUGGAGGCUCCCUCACUGACUCUCCUCCCUCCGUCCAGUGAGGAGCUCAAGGCAGGUAAAGCCACACUGGUUUGCCUGGCUAAGAUGUCUGCUGCAUUUGCCGACGUCAGCUGGACACACAACGGGAGCCCACUAACCGGUGGAGUUUUCACCAGCUCUGCUACACAGCAGGCAGAUAAAACCUUUGGUCUGAGCAGCUUCCUGAGUGUGAAGCCCUCAGAGUGGGACAGCGACGGCGUCUUUACCUGCAAAGUGACACUGGGGGCGAAAUCCACAGUGGCAGAGAUAAAGAAGAGCAAUUGUGCCGAGUGAAAAGUGGAUCUUCAUUCGCCUUUUGUUCAUUUCUGUGGCCCCUUUAUUUUCUGUAGGCAAACUUUCAGUGUUUUACAAAGAGGUGUUGAGGUAAAUAUGCUUGAAUAAUAAGACAAAUUUUGUUAUUAUUUUCUGCAUUAUGAGAGUUGUAUGUUUCUGUGUUGAUGCACUUGAUCCAAAACUGUGCGGCAAUUUAAUAAAAAGUUUGGCAUUUAAAAAAAAAAAA